AUGAUGAGUGUCAAGACGCCCUUGUCGAGUUUGAGCUCGGAAUUCGCGGGCCUCACUCCCGAGAUCUCUCGACCGUCCUCUGUCGCCGGCGACAAGCGGUCGUUAGCUGCUACCUAUGAAGCAAUUGACACGAGAAUCACCCUCCCUGCCGCCCAACUCCCUUUGGCAAAUACCUUAUGGAAGGAGUUUACUCUGACUCUGGCCUCAUCCGCCGCCGAAAACGAUCUGUCCACCAACGAAGGCCUCGUCGCGGAAUUCAUCAACUUCUGCAUCACCCGGUCCAGCGACGAGACACAAUACGACGACGCUCCAGCAGUACUGCAGCUGCUGGACUCUCUUCUGGAGGCCUUUGAACAAGACUUUCUGGGUGGCAACGACGUUCACUCGGCCGUGGUCCAUUUUGACCUUCAACACAAGAGCCCCAUCAUCAAGACAUACUUUGCGGCACAAGGGACCCUCAGCCGCAAGCCCAAAUACCAACCCUCUCUUCUCCUGCAGUCCGCCUCUGACGGCCCUUCGCGCAUCUACGCCUUGUUUGGAGGUCAAGGAAAUGACGAGAAAUACUUUGAUGACUUGAAGGACACAUAUACCACAUACACCGAUAUCCUCCGUCGCUGUGUCUUCUCUGGAGCCCGGUUGCUAGAGGACCUUGCUGGGUCAUCUAGCUUCAAGGCACACUUCCAACAUGGCUUCUCCCUCAUGGACUGGCUGGAGAAGCCCGACUCUGAGCCGGAAUCCUCAUACCUCCUCUCUGCGCCGGUCAGCAUGCCUUUGAUCGGCCUCCUUCAGCUCUGCCAUUUCAUCGUGGCCUGUCAGACGAUGGGACUUUCCCCUCGAGAGAUGCACGCUCAUUUGUCCGGUGUCACCGGCCAUUCACAAGGUAUUGUCGUGGCCCUGGUGACAUCCAUCUCAGACACCUGGGAAGACUUCUACCGACACGCCCUCGAUGCACUACGCAUUCUCUUCUACAUUGCCUGCCGCAGCCACGAGCUAUACCCGCCCCAAUUCAUCCCCGAAUCCAUCAGACAGGAAGCAGAAGAUAAUGGCGAGGGAACACCCGGACCCAUGUUGAGGGUGCGAAACCUCCGCCAGGACCAACUCCAGAAGAUCAUCGACACGGUCAACAGCUACCUUCCCACUGACUCGCAUGUUGCCAUCUCUCUCUUCAAUGGGCCCCAGAACCUUGUUGUGACUGGUCCUCCGCUCAGUCUCUAUGGUUUGAGUCGGCAUUUGCGCGGCCUCAAGCCAAAGAAUGGUCGGGAGGCACAGACCCCUGCUAGCAAGCGGCGGCCUAAGAUUGACCAUCGCUUCCUGCCUAUCACGGCACCCUUCCACAGCAUGUAUCUUGAUGAGGUUGCUGCUCUGGUGGUGCAAGAUCUUGGUGACCUGAACAUCACAGGUGGCCAGCUGCGUAUCCCGCUCUACGCUACCACCGACGGCCACGAUAUGCGCGUGCACCGGGAUAGGAACAUCAUCUGUGACAUUGUCAGCAUGAUUGCCCACGAGCCAGUUCACUGGGAGAAGGCGACCAUCUUUCCGGAAGCUACACACAUGAUCGACUUUGGUCCGGGCGGCGGUGCCGGGGUUGGGGUUGUCACCAUGCACAACAAGGCCGGCCAGGGAGCGCGACUCAUCCUGGGUGGCUCGAUGAAGUACAGCGAGGAGUACGGCAGCAAGGCAGAGCUAUUCAACCGCGACCCCGAGCAUCCAGUCGUGUAUGCCGAGAACUGGGCCGAGGCAUACAGGCCGCGUCUGACUAGAGACGCCGCGAACAAGGUGAUCGUCCAGACCAAGUUCAGUGAGCUCCUCGGACUCCCUCCCAUCAUGGUUGCGGGUAUGACGCCCACGACUGUUCCGUGGGACUUUGUCUCCGCUACCAUGAACGCCGGAUAUCAUAUCGAGAUUGCUGGCGGUGGUUACUACAGCAAGGGUGCUUUGGAGGAAGCGAUCAACAAGAUCGUGAACAAUGGAGUCCCGGGACGGGGUGUUACCUGCAACAUCAUCUAUGCCAGUCCGAACUCGGUCCGCUGGCAGAUCCCUCUGCUGCAGGAGCUCCGUUCCAAAGGCGUCCCCAUUGAUGGAAUGGCCAUUGGCGCUGGAGUCCCGUCCGUCGACGUGGCCAAUGAAUAUAUUGAGACUCUCGGGCUGAAGCACAUUGCGUUCAAGCCUGGGUCUGUGGAGGCGAUCCAGCAAGUCAUUGACAUCGCCCGCGAGAACAAGUCCUUCCCCAUUAUCCUUCAGUGGACGGGCGGUAGAGGCGGUGGCCACCACUCGUAUGAGGACUUCCACGCACCUAUUCUAGAGAUGUACGGCCGCAUCCGGGCGUGCAAGAACAUUGUCCUGGUGGCGGGCAGCGGCUUUGGCGGCGCUGAUGACACCCUUCCCUACUUGACCGGAGAAUGGACCAAGGCAUUUAACGCCCCGUCUCCCAUGCCAUUCGACGGCAUCCUGCUUGGCAGCAGAGUCAUGACCGUCAAGGAAGCCCACACUAGCCUCGAGGCCAAGCAACUGAUCGUGGAUAUUCCCGGUGUUGACGAUGCCGCCUGGGACCAGACCUACACCCGACCGACUGGAGGAGUACUGACCGUCCGAUCUGAGAUGGGCGAGCCCAUCCACAAGAUUGCCACUCGCGGCGUGCGCUUCUGGGCCGAGAUGGAUCGAACCGUGUUCAGCAUUGCCGACAAAAAGGCCCGGGUGGCCUUCUUGAAGGAGAACAAGAACCGCAUAAUCGACGGCCUCAACAAGGACUUCCAAAAGGUUUGGUUCGGACGCAACGCAGAUGGUAAGGCAUGCGAGUUGAACGAAAUGGCCCUCGCCGCGGUGGCGUGGAGAAUGGUCGAGCUUCUUUACGUCAAGCACCAGGACCGCUGGAUCCAUCGCAGUCUGCAGCAGUUGACUUUCGACUUCCUGCAAUGGAUCGAGGAUCGUGUCAGCCCGUCAAGUGAUGCCUCGAAGCGUCGGUAUUGGCAGUCGGUCGGCCAAGUCGAGGAGCCCUACAUGGCUAUCGAGCAGUUUUUCGCCAGUCAUCCCAAGGCGACAACGGAGCUGAUGGAUGCACCAAGCACGCAGAUGUUCAUCCACCUUUGCCGCCGCCGCGGCCAGAAGCCUGUUCCGUUCAUUCCUGUUCUUGACGAAGAGUUCGAGGUCUGGUUCAAGAAGGACUCUCUCUGGCAGUCUGAAGAUGUGCAGGCAGUGCCCGGACAGGAUGUCGGCCGUAUCUGCGUUCUUCAUGGCCCUGUCGCAGCCAAGCACACUACGGUGGCCAACGAGCCUAUCAAGCAGCUGCUGGACGGCAUCCAUACCCAGUGGGUGCGGGCCCUAGCGGAACGGGGACUUGACCACGACCAACUGCAGACACCAUUGACCGAGGAGGGCAUGAGUGAGGUGCCGAGUGAGAUCUCCCUCACCAGGACCUAUGACCCCAUGCUACUUAGCGAUGCGCUGCCGCCAGUCGAGAACUGGAUGCAGCGGCUGGCCGGCACGCAGAAAGGCUGGAGACAUGCCAUCUUCUCCCAGCAGACCAUCGUGCAAGGCCACAGUGUCUGCGAGAACCCCAUUCGCAGACUCUUUGCUCCCCGGUCAAACAUCUAUGUUGAAGUCGAGGAGAGCACGUCUACCGAGCAGUCCGUGAUCCGGAUGUUUGAGAGAGGGCCCGAUAGUACGCCAGCCUUGGUCGUUGAGGUCCAUGCCAUCACUCAAAAUCUCAUCAAAGUCAUCCUGUUUGAGGACCGCACUGUCACCGGCACCCCGGCGGGGCUCGAGCUGUUGUUCAGCUACCACCCCGAGCUUCCUUUUGCGCCUAUCCGCGAGCUCAUUUCCGACAAGACUGACCGGGUCAAGGACUUUUACCAUCGUCUUUGGUUCGGUGAGUCAUUGAGCUCCGCUGGUACCCUGUCCCAGGAGGAGCAAUUCCACGGUGAUGCCGUUACCGUAACUGCCGAGGACAUCAAGAAGUUCAGCCAGUGUAUCGGCAGUACCUCGUCAGCACCCCGUUCGAAGAAACUGAGCGUGCCCAUGGACUAUGCAAUUGUCGUUGCCUGGAAGUCUGUCAUGAAGCCAUUGUUUACAAAGACCAUCAGUGGCAACCUGAUGAAGUUGGUGCACCUGUCCAACGAAUUCCGCCGGCUGGGAAGCUCGGACAUCCAAGAGGGAGACGUUCUCUCGUCCCGAGCUAACAUCCGGGCCAUUCUCAAUGAAGACUCGGGCAAAGUGGUCGAAGUUGCCUCCUUGAUCAGCAAAGAUGGCGUUGAUGUCGUCGAGGUCAUCAGCCGCUUCAUGUACCGAGGAACGUACAACGACUACGACACGGCUUUCCAGCAGGUCAAGGAGCCCAAAGUCGAGCUCCAACUCCCGGGUAUCAAGGAUGUGGCAGUCCUUCGUUCCAAGCCCUGGUUCGCUCCUCAAAACCCUGAUCUGGACCUACAAGGCUUCAAGCUCACAUUCGAGUUGGAGACCCACGCCCAGUUCCAGAGCAAAUCAGUCUACCGCCAGCAGAGAUGUUUCGGUCCCGUCUAUGGUCGGUCUCCAGCCGGCGAGACCCUCAAGCUGGCCUACAUCGACCACACCGUGGGCGUUUCCACCAGCAACCCCAUCAUGGAUUACCUCAAGCGCCAUGGAAGCGUUGUGGAGCAGCCCGUUCUGUUCCAGUCACCGAUCACCCUUGGUGGUGGUGAGAUUCAGUUCAAGUCUCCCAAGUCCAACGAGGAGUAUGGCGCGGUCUCUGGCGACUACAACCCCAUCCACGUGUCUCGGACUUUUGCCGCCUACGCCGAGCUCCCAGACACCAUCACUCAUGGCAUGCACAUGAGCGCCAGGGUUCGUGGUUACCUGGAGCAGUUGACUGUCCCGGGCAACCCCAGUGGCUUCAAGCGCUACCAGUGCAAUUUCGUCGGCAUGGUGCUGCCGGAAGACGAUGUCGAGCUGGUGCUGCAGCACGUGGGCAUGGUGAACGGACGGAAGCUGGUCCAUGCGGAGGCACGUCGCGCUGGAUCGGGUGAUAAGUUGAUUGUCGCAGAGGCAGAGAUUGAGCAGCCCAGUACUGCCUUCCUGUUCACCGGUCAGGGCAGUCAAGAGAAGGGCAUGGGCAUGGAGCUGUAUGCCGCUAGUCCUGCUGCUCGGAAAGUGUGGGAUCUGGCUGACAAGCACUUCCUUGAGAAUUUUGGCUUCCGCAUCACCGACAUUGUGCGCAACGAUCCUAAAGAACUCAAGAUUCACUUUGGUGGCAGUCGUGGCCGGGCCAUCCGGGAAAACUACAUGGCGCUCCGUUGUGAGAUGAUCCAUGCGGAUGGACGCACAACAUCCGAGAAGAUCUUCAAGGAUAUCACGGAGCAAACCAAGUCGCAUACCUUCCGAUCUAGCACCGGUCUCCUGUCCUCCACCCAAUUCACCCAGCCGGCAUUGACCCUCAUGGAGAAGGCCAUCAUCGAGGACAUGAAGGACAAGGGAUUGUUGGCCGACCACUGCAGCUUUGCUGGCCACUCGCUGGGAGAAUACUCUGCCUUGGCAGCCAUUGCCGAGAUCAUGCCUAUCGAAAGUCUGGUCUCAGUGGUCUUCUACCGAGGUUUGACCAUGCAGAUGGCAGUCGAGCGCGACGAACAGGGAAGAUCCAACUUUUCCAUGUGCGCCGUGGAUCCGAGUCGCCUGUCAAAGACAUUCACCGAAGACCGUCUCCGGUACCUGGUCUCGCUCAUCGCCAACGAAACCGGCUGGCUGCUCGAGAUUGUCAACUACAACGUGGCCAACUCGCAGUACGUCUGCGCAGGCGAUCUCCGCGCCCUCGACACCCUCUCCUCCCUGAUUGGCGUCAUCAAGCGCCGUCAGUCCGACUUCCAGGCCCUGUUGCAGGGCAACCAACCCGUCGAGGACAUCCGCGCCAGCGUGCUCGACACCCUGCACCAAUGUGCCAGUGCGGCCAAGGCUAAGCCCCAGCCCAUCCAGCUCGAACGCGGCGCCGCCACUGUGCCACUCCGGGGGAUUGAUGUGCCUUUCCACUCGUCCUUCCUUAGCCCGGGCAUCACUGCCUUCCGCGCCUGUCUGUACAAGUACAUUGACAAGGACACUCUGGAUGCGGACCGGCUGGUGGGCAAGUAUAUCCCGAAUCUCACGGCACGGCCGUUUGAGAUCAGCGAAGAGUAUUUCCGGCAGGUGUUUCGGUUGACGAAGUCGCCGAUUGUGGCGAAGGUGUUGGCGGAGUGGCGAGAGUAUACAGAUGUUGAGCGGGGGUUGGAGAAGGUUACUCGGUCUGCGGUUAUUGAGGCAUGA